AUGACAUCUUUGGUGUUCAAUCUGUCGGCAGACAACAUCCACCCCUCGCAGUCUUUGGCGAACGUAGAUCGGGUGGUGCAGUCUGUCACCAAUGCCACGAAGCGGUUAUCUCAAAUAUCCACCAACACAAACAGUUCGGCGAAGAAAAGAAAGGCCCAGAACAAGAUCGGGCCCUGGAAGCUUGGCCGCACGUUGGGCCGCGGCUCCACGGGCCGCGUCCGCUUGGCUAAGAACGUCCACACUGGAAAGUUGGCCGCGGUCAAGAUCGUGCCCAAACUGAACUUCAAGAAGAUCGAAAACCCAAAGUAUAGAAAGAACGACACCACACAUCUUCCCUAUGGCAUUGAACGUGAAAUCAUCAUCAUGAAGCUUAUCUCUCAUCCCAACAUCAUGGGGCUCUAUGAUGUGUGGGAGAACAAAACAGACUUGUAUCUCAUUUUGGAAUACAUCGAGGGCGGCGAGCUUUUCGACUACUUGAUUAAAAAAGGCCGCCUUCUGGAGUUUGAAGCCAUCAGCUACUUCAAGCAGAUCAUCCAUGGCAUUGGAUACUUACAUCAGUUCAAUAUCUGCCACAGAGACCUCAAACCCGAGAACUUGCUUCUCGACUUCAACAAGAAUAUCAAGAUUGCUGAUUUCGGCAUGGCCGCUUUGGAAGUCGACAAAAAGCUCCUAGAAACUUCCUGUGGAUCUCCCCAUUACGCUUCGCCUGAGAUUGUUGCAGGCCAAAACUAUCAUGGAGCACCCUCAGACAUCUGGUCUUGUGGUAUCAUCUUAUUUGCAUUGCUCACUGGGCACCUUCCGUUUGAUGACGAGAACAUUCGUAAGCUUCUUCUCAAGGUCCAAAAUGGUAAGUUCAUCAUGCCUAAAGAUUUAUCUGCAGAGGCAAAGGAUUUGAUCCUGCGAAUGCUUCAAGUGAAGCCCCAGGAUAGAAUAUCGAUCGAACAGAUUCUUGUACAUCCUCUCUUGCGUAAGUACCCAGAGCCUACCGACCUGUCAGGUGUUUCCAAGAGCAGUCUUCUUCGAUCCAAUAUUCGCCCAAUCGAAUCUGCAGAGAUGAUUGACCCAGAGCUAUUACGUAAUUUGUGCAUCCUUUUUCACAAUUGCCCUGAGGAGCAGGUCGUCAAAUGCUUGCUUUCGCCCGAGAAAUCUGCAGAGAAAAUGUUCUACUACCUAUUGAUGAAGUAUCGAAACGAUCAUCUUGCCUACACCAAUGCCGCUAAUUACGCAGAUGAUGACUCGGACCUGACUGGAUCAGACGAUAAACAGGUCUUCUCAAGCGGCAACACCAAUAGCCGAAACACACCUUCCAAAGAUGCAAGCCAGCCAAAGAAAUACACUAAAUCUGCUUCUCACAAGUCUUUGGCCAGCAAGCGCGUGCUUGGAAAUAUCACGAACACAUCGUUUGCUGUAUCAAACUCCUCGAAGAAACAGACCCGCAUGAACAACACAAUAAUUUCGAGAAAUAACUCACAUGUGUCAUUACAACGUUCGCUGUCACGCGCACUGGGACUAGUUAAAGGCUUGAAUGGUCCUUUGAAAGCUGGCGAGGGAAAGCCUAUUACUCGCAAACUAACGCCGGGCUUCAUUCAAUCGAUCGAACCACAGCACGAAGACAAAGAAAACACUAAACUCCCACAGGAACCCCAGGAUGAGGCUAUACGGUUUUUCCAAGACGUUUGCCAAGACAUCUUUGGUUCUGAUGUUGAUCCACAAACAAUUUUCAGCAUGACCAUGGAUCUGAAGAGAAGGAACCUUUCUUCUGACACGUUAAUUAAGUUGCGGGCACUCAAUAAUAGACUCAGCAAAGCCUCUGUAAAUUUGAGUCCAACAGUUUCCUCAACGCCGCAGAAGAAGAAGUCCGUGUCCAGUAUGGAAGAGAGGGAAAAAUCAUUGGCUCUUGAGGUACAGCGAAAGAACGAUGAGCACGAAAGAAAGUAUAGAGAGAGAGAAAUCAUAAGCUCCAGACUAAAGGAAGCCAAAAAAGCGGCAGAGUCUCGUUCUUCUCAUAAACCAGAACCCCCAGUUACUUCUCAAAUUGUUUCCAAUAGAGUGGCAACAGCUCCGACCCCAAAGACUUCUUCCUUAGAUCCUAAAUCCGGAGGCUCAUCGCUCCUCCGGGCUAAAUCACUUACCUCUAACUCACAGAGGUCCAGCCAAUUGAGUGACAAGAAUUCAAAGGUUCUUCAAAGACUAGGAAUCGGUUUGGAGUACAAAAGUCAAGCUUCCGUCUCAAGAUCAGGCUCGGUGGUUAAAACUUCAACCUCUAGGAACUUGGCAGAUAUAUUGAAAAACGGCACAUCUGAUGAUACAAAAGUAAGCAAGGAGGCUCAUCACUCUUCGCACGCUUUGAAAAGAGACUCAGAACAUAUUGGUUACAAAUCUAUGCUUGGAGCAAUUGAUGAAAGCAAGCCUCUGUCUGCUGCAAAUCUUCUCCCUUUGAGAGCUUCUGAACUCAAUCUUGACAAGGACACGCAAAGAAAGUCCUUCAACCCAAGACAGUCUCCUAUCUCAAACAUGCAAGGAAAUUCUUCAACUGGCUUUAUUCCACAUCCUAGAUUCUCAAGAAUUUCGUUCAAUGGUGUUCUAAAUGGCGCGGAGGGAGACGCAGAAGAAUCUGUCAUCAACGAGGAUACUUCGUAUGGCUCUGUGCUUCACAAGGAGCGAAAGAAACUAUUAAACACCAAACAGAUCGAUUCUACUCCAAAAGAAAUCCCAAGAGAAUCAUCUGGGCUCAAUAUUAGCACAGGUGGUCCGCAAACAAGUGAAGUCAAAGCCAGAGAACCAAAAUCUCGUCUCAGUUCUAAGAGCAAUUACAAUCCUCUUAACUUUGUUUCAAUUGCAACAUCUGAUGAGGAAGAAGAAGAUGAUGAAGAAGAUUCCAGUUAUUAUGCCUCGAAAGGGGCAGCUGUGUACCGUGAAAACAUUUACAACAAUGAUGAGAGCCGUUACAGCGAUAGAGUGACUUCUGCAGUACCUUCAAUGAAUCAUUUGCAUACUAAAACCGAGCAUUCACAAGAAGAGUCCGCUUUGGGAGAUGAUACAACAAAGAACGAGUCAAAGUACACUUUGCUAACUGAUGGUACAAUUCAACCAAGAGGGGGCAGUUUCACUGCUAAAAGUCGCUUUAGCAGCGUCACAAUGCUUAAAGACGACUUCUUUGGUGAACAAGAAAGACUUGAUUCGUCGGACUACGAAGGACAUUGUGAUAACGACGUAACUAGUUGCGCUGAUGAAAAGACGAUUAAAAGCAUGGCAACUUUGCAACCGAAGCGCCAGUCUACUACGACAGGAAUGAAGCGUUCCCGGGCUUCCACCAAGAUUUUCAGUUCGUUUGACCUUCAAGCACAUACACAAGCGCAACCACUGCUCCAAAACCUUCCAACUCCGCAAAUCAAGCAGUUGCCUAAACUGCCCAAUUUAGCAUUCCAAGCUCAAGAGCCACUGCAUGUGUCCACAGAAGCUACUCCCAAAAUCGAAGUCGAGACGCCAGAAUCGACAAGUGCUAGGGCAAAUUCGAGAAGCUCGGCAGCAUCAAAGCUUGCAUCUUUGUCUAGGAACGUUUCAUUGACAAGGGGCGCCUCUCAAUCGAAGAGAUCUUCGGAGCCCAAGAACACCCCAACAAUGGUGCAAAACUCCAAACCAAUCAUUUCGAGUCCAAAACUAUUAGAAAACGGGUUUAUGAAGAGGUUUAGCUUGCGUCCUCAACGAGAGGCCCCAAUUGCACCAAGCUUGGGUAUUACUACGGAAAAGGACAAUGGUCACAACCGAUUCUCCAAUAUCACCGUUUCAUCGAACCCACACAAAUACCCUGCUGCUGAGACAAGCAGUUCUCCAAGGGCAACUGGCGCUGGCUGGUUUAAAAAAUUCUUCAGUUCUUUAACAGGAAGCAGUCACAGUGAGAACAGCAAUGACAAUAAGAACAGCAUCAAGGACAUUCAUAUCUUGGACUCACUGCUUUCAUCGAAAGAGCUCAUGAGAAUAGUCAAGAACCAAAUUAGACUCAAAGAAAUAGAGGGAUCUGUCACGAGGGUCAACAUUGAUGAGGAAUUUGCUCUUAUCAGCGGUGUAAUUCCCUCCAAAUACGUCAGAGGCCGGAAAUUGCAUUUUAAGAUUGAAAUUAUAGACCUUUCCAACUCCUCUUCGUUGCACCUUUUGAAGAUCAAGGGAUCACCCAAAGGAUUCCAAAACUUGGUGAAUGUUGUGACCUUCAUUAUUCAACAAGAAGAAGCUGCCGCCGACCACAGAAUGUCGAUGUGCGUACCUUCCAAAUAA